AUGACGGCCGCGCUGGCCAAGUUCAAGGAACGGUUCACCGAGCUGGCCGACGAAAAGUCGGCGCUGGCCGAGCAGCAGGACAAGCAGAAGCGCCAGCUGAGUGAGGCGCUGGCCACCUCCAAACAGAAGGAGCAGAAGGUCACCGAGCUCAGCCAGACGCUGAAGACGGUGCGGCAGGAGAUCGAGAAGCUGGAGGCGCAGCGGAAGAACGACCAGACGACACACAGCGCCGCCGUCGCCUUCCUGGAGAACAAGGUCAAACAGCUGGAGGCAGCGCAGCAGAAACAGGCGCAGGAAAAGGCUGAGAUGGGCGGCGUGAAGAAGAAGCUGGAGGAGACGGAGAAGCGGUGCUCGGAGGAGGCCACGCUACGCCGCGCCGGCGACGCCCGGCUCUCGGUGCUGAAGCAGCAGCUGGAGGAGAUGACGGCCGAGCACACCACCGGCGCCGGGCCGAGCUGA